UCUCCACUUGUGUCCUCUAACUCUGACUUUUUCCAAGGCUUUUACCUUCUUGAGUUUGGAAUCAAAGCGGAGAGGGUCAGGAAAUGCAGAACAGUUCAAGAUUUUAUCUCACAAAAUUUCUUCACAAACACCCUUUUUCGUCUUCUCCAAGACCCAUAUCUCCGAUUCCCCUUAAGUCGCUCCUUCAGGCUGAAACUCAACUCACUUCCAUCUUUGUCCCGUCUCCAAGCCCUAAUUUUUUCUCCAGAAAAUCCUACCUUUUUCAAUCACAAGCCCAAUUCGUAGGGUCCCAGAACUCUAAAAGAUACACUACCGAGUCAGGCGCUGAGUCUGGGGCUGAUGUUGACAUCAACAAACAUGUCGAUGUGAUUAAUCUCAAGUUUGCAGAGGCAAGGGAGGAGAUAGAGCUGGCUAUGGAAUCUAAAGAGACUGUCUACUUCAAUGAAGAAGCACAGUCUGCUAAGACUGCCGUGAAGGAAGUUCUGGAUAAGUAUGAGGCUCUAAUGACUAAGAUAUCAGAGCCCGAAAAGGCAGCCCUGCAGCGUUCUAUGGGACUCAAGAUUGAGCAGUUAAAGGCUGAGCUCCAACAGUUGGAAAUGGAAGAUCAAUGAGGUUGCUUCAAAUGGGUUUCUGCUUAAACUCCUCAAUGCUUCGUUAUUUAUGAUCUUUUGAUCUUUUGAUCUUUUCAGAGAUCAUUUAGUUUUCCUGUUAAUUGUUGUUAUUGUUAUGACAGACUUUUUUUGAAUAAUUGAUUAAUGUAGUU